CCCGCUGUCAGUGCUCUCGCGAUUGCCGUACGCUCGUGUUCGUUGUCUGUCGCGCUCGCGCGCGAGUCCCGACGAAAUCGUUCUCGCUAUAGGUUUAUCCCCGCACGUUCGGUGUGUGGACGAUAGCAGUGUUUUAGAAUAUUAUCGUCACAAUCAUUAUAAUUAUUAUUUCUGCAACAGUUAAUUACCGUUUGCCGCUGUCUGAUCGUGUAAUAUUUCCACAGCGUUUCACGACGCGUAUUCCCGUGAAAGUUUGUCGCGUCGUCGGCAGACGACGGCCCCCGAACCAAGUAGUGGCGCAUUGUGCACGGUUCAUUGUUGCGCGCCCGCCGCCUUUGCAAUGGAAAACAAAAAGCCCAAAGAGAAGCGAAGAAAUUCUGAGAGACGAAAAGAAAAAUCAAGAGAUGCGGCUCGAUCUAGACGUAGUAAAGAGACCGAGAUAUUUACAGAUCUCGGGUCAGCAUUACCUUUACCAGCAUCCGUUAUUAGUCAGUUAGAUAAAGCAACUAUUAUGCGAUUGACUAUUGCAUCUUUCAAAAUUAUGGAUGCUUUAUCAUCAACAAACAUUGAUGUAAAACCCGAUGAAAAAAAUUGUCCUCCAAACAUAAGUGGAAUAUGCAACAAAGCAUUGGAUGGCAUUGUAUUAAUUAUCACGGCUGAUGGAGAUAUAAUAUUUAUAUCAGAAAAUAUUUCCAGCUAUUUAGGCUUAUCACAGAUUGAUUUAAUCGGACAGUCAAUUUAUGAGUUCGCUCAUCUUUGCGACCAAGCUGAAUUGAAAGAAAUUUUAACCAACAAAGACAUAGGUGAACAAAAGUCAUUUUUUGUUCGAAUGAAAUGUACUCUUACCAAUAAAGGGCGCAAUGUAAAUUUGAAAUCAGCAUCAUAUAAGGUGCUGCAUUUUACAGGACAUUCAGUUAUCAACACUUGUGCCAAAAUAAAAUCAUCAAUUUUAUCAGGCGGAGAAUCAGAUUCAGACUAUGAAUCUGAUAAAAAAACAGAUUCUGAUAGUAAAUCUAAUAAUAGUGAUUUAAAGUUUGAAAAAACUGAUGAUUCUCCAUCUCAUAUAUUUGUGGCAAUUGCUGAACCAAUACCACAUCCAGCAAAUAUUGAGAUACCACUAUAUAAACAGAGCAAGAUAUUUUUUAGCAAACAUUCAUUGGAUAUGAAAUAUAUAAUUGCUGAUGAUGUUAUAACAAACUAUGUGGGUUAUGAACCAGAUUCAUUAGUUGCAAAGUCUGUAUUUGAUUAUUACCAUGCUCAAGAUUGUAGUUCAGUGGAAAAAAGUUUUAAAAUAUUAUUCGAGAAAGGACAGGUAGAGACAAAUAGGUAUCGAUUUUUGUCGAAAGGAGGUGGUUAUGUUUGGAUAGUUACACAAGCAACCAUACUAAAUGAUCACAAGGGUCUAAAACCUGAGAGCAUUAUGUGUAUUAAUUACGUAAUCAGUGGCGUGGAACACGGCGAAGAGAUCUACUCACUGUGCCAGCUAUCGCCGGUCACCUGCAAGCCCGCCAUCCCGGACAAACCAUCGUCACCGCAAAAACAAAAGCAACAGCCCCAAGAACCCGUAACUUCUGUCAAAAGACCGUCGUCCACAGAAAAAGUGUUCAAGCCCAAGUGUUUGGUAGAUUCUUCCACGUUUUUGUUGCCGGCAGGCAAUGGGCCAGUGUAUCUGGACGUGAAUGGUGACGGUAAGUCAAGAACCGUACCACAGUCGGCCACAUCUACGGCCAGCGUCAUCAAGAAGAAACCCGAAUCGUGUUUGGAGAGUCCAAAAGCCACGACGGCCAAGAUUUUCGCCCCGCGGACCGAAGACAUGAACAAGGGGUUCCUGACGUUUUCGGAUGACGACACGGGACUGACCAUGCUCAAAGAUGAACCGGAAGACUUGACUCAUCUAGCCCCGACAGCCGGUGAUGUGUGUGUGCCACUGGACACUUGUGGUCUCGGGCACCUGGGCCUGUUCAUGUCUGACGUGCUUGACGACCUCAUACUCACCGACUGUUCGUUGGCGCCGUUCGACUCGUUGCCGGCACCACAGUCUAUGCACGACGCGUACUCUUCGACUUCUCGGUCUUCGCCGCCGAUGCACCACCUACACCACCAUCAUCUCCACCACGGUGGUGACGAACUUUCGCAACACGCUGUCACCGACCUGUGCGACCCGGCCAUGUCCUCGCUGCUAGGCAUGGACCUGGACAACAGCCCUAAUGACUUGGAUCUAGACCUUUCACUCAAGAAUCAGUUUAUACCUCUGUACGAGGACGACCUAUAUCCACUACUUUCGGAUGACCUGCUUUGGGGCAGCAGUGACAGGUCGCCGUCGCCCAAACAGUCAUCGACUGUGACCAACCAUCAUGAUGGCAGUAGCAGUAAUAACAGCUGGCAUGUGCCGAUGACUGAAGAUAUCGUUGGGAAAAACUCUAUUGACAGAGACGCGCCUCCGUCUCCGAGCCUAGCCAAGUUGCUGCAGAAGACCGACACGGACGGGCUGCCUUGCAGACAACAACACUUUGAUAGUGGCGGCAGCCUCUUGCAUAUGGAUGGUGGUGACUCAUGGGGAUCGAUCAGCAAAAUGUUACACCAGCGGUAUAACUCGGGUGGUUCUUCCGGGUCCGAACCUACGACAGCUGUGACAGAUCAGCGCCACAACCAACACAAUCCCUUACGGCAACAACAAUCACAGCAACAGCAACAGUUGGAUUGUAACGGGUCUGCAGCAGGAAGUGCCCGAGCCAACAGUGGCGGUGUCAAGCGAACUGUGCCAAAUGCCACUGCGGCUGCGGCCCCAUCGUCGUGGAAACGGUGCCGGCAAGAGGAAACGGCUAAACAGGGUGCCUCCAACAGCGUACUGAUGAACCUGCUGGUCAGCGGUUGCGAUGACGACGCGGGAAAAUCUAUGCACGACAAGAACUCUAUGGUGAAAGACAGUUCGCAGCCGAGGCACCGGUCCAGGCUAAAGGCCGUCUCGUGUCUGUUGGAUCCGGGCAGCACUUCCAUACCGUCGCUGAUGGAUCUGACAGCGCAUGACUACGAUGUAAACGCUCCGGCAGGUGGAGCGCUGCUACAGGGAUCGGAACUCCUGAAGGCCUUGGAAAUCGGAGGCGGCGGGGGUGGAAACAUAGCCGUUUCAUAAUUGUCGAAAAAUCAGAAGCAGGAGCAGAAGAAAAGGAUUAAUUAUAUUUCUGAGCAGUAAUCAAUAUUCACUGCAUAUAUCACACAUACUCACACACAUACAUAUAAACACAUAUACGAAUAUUAUUUAGUAUCUAUUAUGUCCGUACACAAACUUGAAAUGUCAUGCCAUUUUGCUAUCUAGUUAUGGACUAGUAUUAUCAUGAUAAUAUGUCACACUACAUUAUUUUUUUUUAACGUUUGACGAUAAUUAUUUUGUUCAACAGUUAUGCGUAAUUAUUGUGCGGAUGACAAAGCAGAGGAAUCCGCCCGCAGUCUCUUCUCACUUAUUCUUAUACAGAACAUCGUAGUGUCUCGAGCAUAGUAGAAUUCAAUUUCUAAGCAACCGUCGCGACGAAUGAUUUAUAUCGAUUUUUGUUGUUGUUCUUGCUUGUGUCUCCAGCCCGUCAUAAAUCGCGCAUUUAACUGUUUUCACUAUUUUAUUAUUGUUCUUCACCCACAAAAAAAAAAAAAAAAUAAAUAAA